UUCCACUUGUUUAUUAAGAUGGAAAACUCGGAUUCCAACGAUGAAGGAGAUGGAGUUUCGGCCCAACACAUAAGUCAAACGGACCGAUUGGUUCGGGAAGAAGAUUUCUCCAGGUUCGUAAAUAAUCUGAGUGAAGAAGAUUACGAACUUAUGAGAGACAACAAUCUUCUAGGCAUUCCAGGUGAAAGUACGGAAGAAGAGUUGCUGAGAAGACUUCAGCUAAUUAAAGGAAACGCACCACAAGACUCAGAUGAAAAUACAGGAGACUCUUCAGAUGACGUGUCUAGUGGUGACUCUCUAAUAGACUGGCUUAACUGUUCUGGACAAACUGAAAAUAUGACAAGUGGACAAAGAGAAAACCAAUCUUGGAGAGAAGAGAGCCUAAUUAAUCCUAAAAGUGAUCAGUUCAUAUUCAGUUUAGAAAUAAAUGUUAACCUUGAUAAUGGGAGUCCAAAUCCAGAGAAUGAAUAUGUAGCAUCUGCAAGACUUCCCAGAAGAGAAAAUAUGGAAGACAGCCAAAGGCAAGUGGAAAGUCCACAAUCUGAAUCAAUAUUUACAAGACCAUCUAUGUCUGAACAAGAUACAACUGAAACAUUAAUGGAAUUCCCACCUACCACAAGUCAGAGAAGAGCAAGAAGUAGGAGCCCAGAGUAUCGGAGAACCAGAGGAAGAAUUGAAAGUUGGUCGCCUCCACGUUCACUUAGGGAAAUUGUACAAAGACUUAAUCAUAGUAUACCCUCUCAGAAUUUUGAGCAGCCUCUGCUAAGUGAGAAUGCGAGAUUUUCUAGAACUGAGCACCAAGAAAUAUUGAGACAGCAAAUGACUGGAUUUGAGUUGCAAAAUAGCGGUCUUAUUGAAACUUCUAGAACAAGGAAUGCCGUUCAUGGAGAAAAUUCUCCAGAUACAACCAGCAGUGGUGAAUCUUGGGGAAUGUGGGAAAUAUAUCCAACCAUAACCUUCAAUCUUGAAGUAGAACAAGUUCAUUCUGGAGCAUAUUCUCAGAGAGACAGCAGAGCUAGUAGAACUCAGUUAACAUCUGAGACACCAAACAACACUGUCACUUCUGAAAGUGAACGAGGACUGAGGCAUAUGUAUUCACAUUCUGAGCAGGCAGGUGUGAGAGCUUAUGUCAAUACCAUUAGAAAUCCCGUUUGCAGAACUUUAAAUACUAGAUUAAAUGAUACAACAUCUGUUCCAAUUCAGAGCACGUUAAGGCAGACAAUGGCAGAAUUUAGUAACUCAAGUAACCUUAUGGACAGUGACAGUAAUUCGAAUGCUAGCUAUGAUACCCAUUCAAGUUCCACAAUGAUUUGCCAUUCACGCCCCAAUUGUAUGUCUAGUUCCAGUUCUAGUCCUAUUUCCGGUUCCAGCUCAAGUGAUGAAAAUUCAGGAAUUAGCUCACUGAUGUUUGAAGGCAGUGAAGAGACAAACUUAUCAUCAGACUUAUCAUCAGAGACCAGCCAAGGGGGUAGACAAAUUAUCCUUGACAGUAAUUUAGAGCAUAGUGUCUCACCUCCAAGUCAAAACAUGGAAUGGCUAGAGUCAUCUAAUGGUAGUAGUAGUGGUAUAUUUGGUUCUGAUUCAAAUGCUAGCUAUGAUACCCAUUCAAGUUUCACACUGAUUUGUCAUUCACGCCCCAAUUACUUAUCAUCAGAGACCAACCAAUGGGAUCGACAAAUUAUCCUUGACAGUAAUUUAGAGCAUAGUGUCUCACCUCCAAGUCAAAACAUGGAAUGGUUAGAGUCAUCUAAUGGUAGUAGUAGUGGUAUAUUUGGUUCUGAUUCAAAUGCUAGCUAUGAUACCCAUUCAAGUUCCACACUGAUUUGUCAUUCACGCCCCAGUUGUAUGUCUAGUUCCAGUUCUAGUCCUAUUUCCGGUUCCAGCUCAAGUGAUGAAAAUUCAGGAAUUUGCUCACUGAUGUUUGAAGGCAGUGAAGAGACAAACUUAUCAUCAGACUUAUCAUCAGAGACCAGCCAAGGGGGUAGACAAAUUAUCCUUGACAGUAAUUUAGAGCAUAGUGUCUCACCUCCAAGUCAAAACAUGGAAUGGCUAGAGUCAUCUAAUGGUAGUAGUAGUGGUAUAUUUGGUUCUGAUUCAAAUGCUAGCUAUGAUACCCAUUCAAGUUUCACACUGAUUUGUCAUUCACGCCCCAAUUGUAUGUCUAGUUCCAGUUCUAGUCCUAUUUCCGGUUCCAGCUCAAGUGAUGAAAAUUCAGGAAUUAGCUCACUGAUGUUUGAAGGCAGUGAAGAAACAAACUUAUCAUCAGACUUAUCAUCAGAGACCAGCCAAGGGGGUAGACAAAUUAUCCUAAUAAUAUCUGAUGAAAGUGACUCUGGGUCCUCCCAUAAUCUGCAACAGUUUUUCCUCUUAAAUGAAGAUGAUCCAUACCAAACUACAGGACUCACCAAAGCACAGAUUGACAGCUUGGCUGUAAGAUCUUUUGGUGAAAAUGAUGCACUAAACGCCUGUAGCAUUUGCCUUACAGAGUACACAGAAAACAGCAAGCUUCGCAUACUACCUUGCUCCCAUGAAUAUCACAUUCACUGCAUUGAUCGCUGGCUGUCUGAGAACUCUACGUGUCCGAUUUGUCGUAGGCAAGUAGUGGAUUCCAAUGAGAGUGAAAAUCCUGAUCGAUGA